AUGGAGUUCUUCGAUGUCGCAAUCAUUGGAGGAGGACCCGCGGGUCUAACUGCCGCAGCUACACUAGCUCGCCAGCUGCACACUGCCGUCGUUUUCGAUUCCAAAACUUAUCGAAACGCGAAGGCAUCCCAGAUGCACAUGGUGCCAGGUUGGGAGAAUAGGAACCCCAAAGACUUCCGCAGCGCGACGAGAAAUGACAUUGUGGCCAAUUAUUCUGCUACUAUUCAGUUCGUCGAUGUCGAAGUGACCAAAGUUGAAAAGGAGAGUGACUCCCACUUCAGGGUCCGAGAUGGCCAAGGAAAGGACUGGAACUUUCGUAAAGUGAUACUUGCCGUCGGGUCGUCUGAUACUUACCCCAACAUCGAAGGCUAUGCACAGUUAUGGGCCAAGCGAAUCUUUCAUUGCCUAUUCUGCCAUGGCUAUGAAGAUCGCGGUGCAUCAUCAUCCGGUGUGCUCGCUGUUUCUCCCAUUUUGGUUGCCGCUAUGGCGGUCCAUAUGGCGGAAAACGCGGCUCAACUUAGUGACAGCGUCACCCUGUAUACACAUGGCAACGAUGAAAUGGCAACUCAUCUCAACACCAUUGCUAAUUCCAAGUUCAAAGUGGAGCCUCGCCAAAUCAAACGUCUCCGAGAUAACGCCCAAGCCAAUUCAGUUAUUGUAGAAUUCGUGGACGGAUCUAGCAAAGAAGAGAAGUUCUUGGUUCAUAACCCUCAGACUAGUGUUCAGGGCCCCUUUGUCAGCCAGCUUGGGGUUGCCCUUACACCCAUGGGUGAUAUCCAGGCAGACGCACCAGUGCACCAGUCUAGCGUUCGUGGUGUUUUCGCCGCCGGCGAUUGCAUUACACCAUAUAAGGUGACACCAGGCGCCAUUUCGAGCGGUUGUAACGCAGCGGUGGCAGCUAGCACUCAGUUGCAGGCCGAGAAGUACGGUCAGCCACCCAUGUUUUGA